CAACAAGAACGGCAAUGGCAUCUGCAACGACAACACCAACAGCAACAGCAACAAACCGAAACCAAUUUAGCAUUAAAUUUACGUCAGAGACUUAAUAACAGUAUUACUAAGUUUAAUUUAAUCACUGUUCAUCUCUUAACCGCUAUAACAGUGUUUUAUGCGAACAUCAGCACCAUCAUGUCAACGACCACAGAACAUAUAAGGAGUGUUGCUAUAGCUGCCACAACACUGCCAAAUCAAUUGAUACAUCAACUGUUAAAUAUUCUGCAGCCACCGCUACAACUGUGGCGGCAACUAUCGUAUUGCCAUUGCUUAACAAAAUGCGCCAGAUGUUGCAGCAGUCCGUAUCGCAAAUUAUCAAUGACAAUUAGAGGACUUAAUAAAUACUCAUGGAUACUUUUAUUAAUGUAUUUGAAUUUAUCUGCCAAAGUUUGUUUGGCAGGUUAUAAUGAAAAGAGACUGUUACAUGAUCUAUUAGAUACAUACAAUACACUAGAACGUCCGGUUUUAAAUGAAUCGGAUCCACUACAAUUAAGCUUCGGAUUAACGUUAAUGCAAAUUAUUGAUGUGGACGAAAAGAAUCAGUUGCUAGUAACUAACGUUUGGUUGAAAUUGGAAUGGAAUGAUAUGAAUCUGCGCUGGAAUACAUCAGAUUAUGGUGGCAUAAAAGAUUUACGUAUACCACCACAUCGGAUAUGGAAACCGGAUGUGCUGAUGUAUAACAGUGCUGAUGAGGGUUUCGAUGGUACAUAUCAAACGAAUGUUGUGGUACGAAAUAAUGGUUCGUGCCUAUAUGUGCCGCCGGGCAUAUUUAAGUCAACAUGCAAAAUUGAUAUCACAUGGUUUCCGUUUGAUGAUCAACGUUGUGAAAUGAAAUUUGGCAGCUGGACGUAUGAUGGAUUUCAGCUGGAUUUGCAAUUACAAGAUGAAACUGGCGGUGAUAUCAGCAGUUACGUGCUCAAUGGCGAGUGGGAACUACUGGGUGUGCCCGGCAAACGUAAUGAAAUCUAUUAUAACUGCUGUCCGGAACCUUAUAUUGAUAUAACAUUUACCAUCAUUAUAAGACGACGUACAUUGUAUUAUUUUUUUAAUUUAAUUAUACCAUGUGUACUGAUAGCCUCAAUGGCUUUGUUGGGUUUUACACUGCCACCAGACUCCGGUGAAAAAUUAUCAUUAGGUGUUACUAUAUUACUAUCGCUUACGGUAUUUCUUAAUAUGGUGGCCGAAACCAUGCCAGCUACUUCAGAUGCCGUACCUCUUUUAGGUACAUAUUUCAAUUGCAUAAUGUUUAUGGUAGCUUCAUCCGUUGUGUCAACGAUUUUAAUAUUAAAUUAUCAUCAUCGAAAUGCUGAUACACAUGAAAUGUCCGAAUGGAUACGUGUGGUAUUCUUAUGUUGGCUGCCAUGGAUCUUACGUAUGCAUCGUCCGGGUAGACCUAUAAUAUUGGAUUUUUCAUCUACCCCAUGCUCGGAUACCUCAUCAGAACGUAAACAUCAGAUAUUAUCCGAAGUGGAAUUGAAAGAGCGAUCGUCGAAAUCAUUGUUGGCCAAUGUCUUGGACAUAGACGACGACUUUCGCAAUUGCCGACCAAUGACGCCAGGCGGUACUUUGCCACACAAUCCUGCUUUCUAUCGAACUGUUUAUGGACAAGGCGAUGACGGUAGUAUUGGUCCAAUAGGCAGCACCCGAAUGCCAGAUGCUGUAACACAUCAUUCAUGUAUAAAAUCUUCGACCGAAUAUGAAUUAAGUUUAAUACUAAAAGAAAUACGUUUUAUAACCGAUCAGUUACGCAAGGAGGAUGAAGAAGAUGACAUUGCUAAUGAUUGGAAAUUUGCCGCUAUGGUCGUUGACAGACUGUGCCUUAUCAUAUUCACAAUGUUCACAAUAUUAGCUACAAUAGCUGUACUGCUAUCAGCACCACAUAUUAUUGUCUCGUAGCUAUAUGAGAGGCGAGGUGGUUAUUGUUAUUGGUUUUAUUAUAAAAUCAAUUUGUUAAUUAUUAAAUUAAUAACGAAAAUUUUUAAAUAAAUUCAA